CGCCCACCCGCCCGCUCGCCCGCCCCUCCGCUCCUUUCGCCCUCUCUUUCCCUCGUCGCGCCCCGCCCGUCCGUCCGCCUGUCUCGCCAUCGGCCCAGGCCCGCCGCCUGCUGUCAUGCUUGACGAUCCGCGCUUGCACUUCCUCCUGAGCCUGGUCAAGGGCAUCCGGAAUGGGUUGGUGUACGGCGCGAAGGUCCGGUUUCCGCACUCCCUGGUCAUUGCCCUCCUGUAUGGCAAGGGGCCGUGGCCCGACCGCCUGCGCCGGAUCAUCCAGGCCACCAAGACACAUGCCACCAAGCUGGCCCUCUUUGUGCUGAUCUACAAGUCCUCGCUGCAGCUUCUGCGCAGCGUGCCAGGGCUGGCCUUCGGCCCGGCCGGGCUGCUGAAGGACGAGGCUUCAUGGCACGCCCUGGCCGCCGGGGCCCUGGCGGGGGCCCUGAUCUUCGGCGACGGCAGCCCAAUCAGCCAACAGAUCAACCUGUACCUCAUGUCCCGCGUGCUGGUCGGGGUCCUGUCGCUCCCCUUCCUGACGAGCCCCACCCCGCAGGGGACCGAGGAGGGCGUGGCCCGGGCCCUCGCCCGGCCGGAUCUCACCCGGCAAACGCGCUCGCUGCCUUCCCUGCAUCGGCCCUUUGCGAUGGCCCUCUGGGCCCUGGCCCUGUGGCUGCACCGGUACCGGCCGGCCGCCCUGCCCAGCUCCCUCGGCCAGUCCAUGGACUACCUUUACCUGGACUCCGAAUGGUGGACCAGCCUCCGGACGCUGCUCUGGCACAACAAGUAGCGCGCCGGGGGGCCCUUCUUGUUGUCUGCCGUGCGGCGACCAUUGGCCGCCGGGGCCCCGCGGCGCGCUCCCCCGCCCCCUGCGUCGACAGUCCGAGCCGCAGCCCCGAAUACAACGCCCCUCUCUCUC